AUGGCCGGCGACUCCAAGGUUGGCACCAGUGGCGUCUACGAGGCUGGUGACCAGAGAAACCACAAGAACGAGGAGCUUGACACCGCUGAGCGCUUCGAGGAGGGCAAGGAGAACUCUCACCAGGCUACCGACUCCAAGGAUGAGAGAUCCAUUGCCAACAGACUUGCGGCAGAGGAGAAGAAGGAUAAGGAGGAUGACAACGAUGAUACCCGGGAGGUUCGUUUGGGCAAGAUCGACCCCACGCUUCCCGCCAAGGACCAUGGCAACGAGCCAUCCCGAGGUGCCAAGAUCGACGCUCAGAUCCAGGCCGAGGAGGAAGAGGAGCUGAGGCGCAAGGGCAAGGCAUAG